AAUUGUAAAAACUGCACCGCUUUCCAAUUAUAGAGAAACCAUCCAAAGUUCCACGCCAAUCAUCUCUGAAGUCCUAACUUGAAAGCCUCUAUGCCAUGGGCCGCUAGCUAGUUAAAUCCCGGAGCAAGGCCUUAGCACGUUAACGUUCUUCUUCAAGCAGCAAGAUGCCUCACCUAACAUUUCUGUGGCUCCUCUGCUUUUCACUAUUCCUUCAAAAACCAACGAGUGCUCAAACUUGUCCAUCGUCAUGCCCAGGCGGUGAAUCAGGGGUUAAGUUUCCUUUCGGGCUGAACCCUGACGGUAACCGAAAUGGUCGUUGCAGCUAUCCGGGUUUUGGUCUUUCCUGCAGCAAUAAAACGGGAGCACUAGUUCUUAAACUUCCGAAAUCCGGAGAAUUCACAGUCAGAUUCAUCAAUUACGAGACCCAACAGAUAUGGAUCAACGACCCUGAUUUCUGUCUCCCUAAACGGUUCAUGGAGUCUUUCGACAUAUCAGGAACUCCUUUUGUCUCAGAAGUCUGGCAUACCUUGACGUUCUUCAAUUGCUCUACUGGAGCAGUAGCUGAGGCUGGGUUAAGGCGAAUUCGAUGUCUUAGCAAUGAUAAUUACUCUGUUGUAGCUUACGAAAUCGAGUCUUUUAUGGAUUCUGACAGUGGUUUGCCGUCUACAUGCCAUUCUAUAAAGACCGUUACUGUUCCAUUUGCUUGGUAUGGCUGGGCGGAAGGGGUCCGGUUAGAAUGGUACAAACCCGACUGUAGGUCAUGUGUUGAACGUCGAGGGGAUUGUGGGUUCAAGAAUAGAGCUAGUCAGGAAAUUGGGUGCUUUAAUCUGCCAAGCCAAGCUGGCCUUCCUAGGAGUGCCAAGUAUGGUAUUACCAUAGGCGUUGGAAUUCCAGGACUCUUAUGCCUAAUUGGGCUCGUUUCCUUCGUCGGUAGCCGAGUGAGAGCUUACGCACGUCAGCGCAACCUCCCCAGCACUGAAUUCUCCACAUCAAUCUCCCCUUUACCGGCAGCUAUCAUAACAGGACUCGACGGUCCAACCAUUGAAUCCUACCCUAAGACUAAGCUUGGCGACAGCGGGCGUCUUCCAAAGCCUAACGACAACACUUGCCCCAUAUGCUUAUCAGAGUACCAGCCCAAGGAGACAUUGAGAACUAUACCAGAGUGUAACCAUUACUUCCAUGCCAAUUGCAUAGAUGCGUGGCUAAAGAUGAAUGCUUCGUGCCCACUGUGUCGCAACUCACCUGGCGGAUCUGCCCCAAUUACCCCGUCAAUAUCCUCCUCUUCGUCUUCAUCAUCAUCUUCUCUCUUAUCAGCAUAGACAAGAUCAUUUUACAUUUAUCAGCUUCUGUGUAGAUAUGUUACCCCCGAGGAUGUGAGUUUUGGGAAGUUCUUGCUGUGUGGCUGAUGGAUUUUGGGUUUUUUCAUAGAAAAAAAAAAAAAACAUGUGCCCUUCCCAUUUUUUUUGUGUUGGGUUAUUUAAAAUAGUUCCUGAUUAGUUUUUAUUUAUACUAGUUUUUGUUAGAUGGGAAUGGUAUGUAAAUGUCAUAAUCACAAAUAUCAACUAAUAAAUAAAAUUAAAU